AUGGCCCCCUCGACCACCUCUGCCACCGAGGAACCGCUGGAUGAACUCGCGCUCAAGCUUGUCGGCCGCGAAGAACUGCUCGACAAGACUGCCUUCGACCAGAUCCUCGAGAUGGACGACGACGCCGACCGCGACUUCAGCAGAGGCAUCGUCUACGGCUUCUUCGACCAGGCGGAGGCCACUUUCGUCAAAAUGGAAAACGCAAUUUCUGCGCAGGAUUUCAACGAGGUCUCGCAGCUGGGCCACUUCCUGAAGGGCUCGUCGGCGACUCUUGGCCUGACCAAGGUCAAAGACGCAUGUGAGAAACUGCAGCAUUUUGGUGCCCGAAAGGACGAAUCGGGAACCGUGGACGAGCCCGAUAACGCAAAGUCUCUUGCGAGCAUCAAGAAAACUCUUACUGAAGUUAAGGAGGAUUACGACGAGGUCGCCAAGCUCCUAAAGGAUUUUUACGGUGAUACUACAUCGAGUUGA